AUGGAACAUAAUCGAGUAAAAACUGAUAAUAAAUUGACGCGACAUACAAGUGUAAUAGAUCUCAACACAGAUAAUAAUGAAUCUCUCAAUAAGGAAAAAUUACCGAUAAAAAAACGUAAAUUAGAUAACAUAGAUCCUCUUAAUGUGUCAAAAUUAAAGAAUAAGCCUUUACAAAUGAGUAGACAGGCCUUUAUCGAAGAGAAUAAAAAUUUGGAUAGUGUGAUAUAUUAUUUUGAGAAAGAUCUUCGUAAAGUAAAGCCUUAUUAUUAUGAAUAUCAAGCAUUUGCAAAGGGGAGAUGGUUGGGACGUAGUAUUUUUGAUGUUUUCUGUAAGGAAUUUCGUGACAGACCAGCAGAAUAUUAUGCCUAUGCGAUUGAGACAGGUCUAAUUACAAUCAACGAGAAAAUUAUUACAAAAGAAACAAUUGUUAAAAAUCAAGAUAUUAUUAGACAUAAAAUUCAUAGACAUGAACCUCCAAUUACGGCUGCUCAAAUAAAAAUAAUAAGUACUGAAAAUGAUUUAAUUGUAAUAGAUAAGCCAGGAAGUGUACCUGUUCAUCCCUCCGGAAGGUAUCGACAUAAUACUGUUUUACAUAUUUUACAAAAAGAUUUUGGAUUUACGAACCUUUAUACUUUGAAUAGAAUUGAUCGUUUAACAUCGGGAAUAAUGUUUUUAGCUAUAAAUAAAAAAAGGGCCCAAGAAUUUGAACAAUUAAUGCAAGAACGAAAAAUUCGUAAAGAAUACCUUUGUCGUGUUAUUGGAGAAUUUCCUACGGAGGAUGUAAUGUGUGAUAAACCAAUUAUAACCGUAUCACAUAAACUUGGGUUAAAUGUUGUUCAUCCGAAUGGAAAACCUUGCGAAACCAUAUUUCAUCGUGAGAGUUACAAUGGACGGACGAGCGUCGUUAGAUGUAAACCGAUUACAGGUCGAACACAUCAAAUUCGUGUUCAUCUUCAGUAUUUGGGUCACGUAAUUGCUAAUGAUCCUUUAUAUAACCACCGUGCCUGGGGUCAACAAACAGGAAAAGGUGGAAUUGAUGAAAAUUUGACAAAAUCUGUUGUUGAUAAUCUUAUGAAAGAAGGAAUAAAUCAAGAUGAAUAUCUUAAUUUGGAUUCGCCCACAUCAUUAAAACAACAGGAACAUAUUAAAUGUACUGAAAAUAAUAAAUUACUAGAACAAUGCGAAGUAUGCACCAUGCAAAAUCUUCCAGAUCCUGAAUCUCAUCAAUUAUUUAUUUGGUUACAUGCGUUGAAAUAUGAAGGUGAUGGAUGGAAAUAUGAAACUGAAUGGCCAUAUUGGGCAAAACAAGAUUUUACCGGAGAUAUUGGUAUAUGA